AGAACCCCAGACCCCAAAGCAGCUGGGCCAGGGAAGAGGAAGACCCCAGACCCCAAUCCCCGGGGCCAUGGACGAAUCCCCGGCGCUCUCGGCGGAGCUGGAGCACCUCAACUCCUCCCAGAACGAGUCGUGGUCCAACCCCUUCGUGCAGGCGCCGUGGCAGGUGGCCCUGUGGGCCGCGGCUUACGCCCUCAUCGUGGUGGUGGCCGUGGUGGGCAACGCCGUGGUGAUGUGGAUCGUGCUGGCCCACAAGAGGAUGCGCACGGUCACCAAUUACCUGCUGGUCAACCUGGCCUUCGCCGAGGCCUCCAUGGCGGCGCUCAACACGGUGGUGAACUUCAGCUAUGCCGUGCACAACGAGUGGUACUUCGGCCACGCCUACUGCCGCUUCCACAACUUCUUCCCCAUCGCCGCCGUCUUCGCCAGCAUCUACUCCAUGACGGCCAUCGCGCUCGACAGGUACGUUGCCAUCAUCCACCCGCUCCGGCCUCGCCUCUCGGCCGCGGCCACCAAGGCUCUGGUGGGGCUGAUCUGGCUCCUGGCGCUCCUGCUCGCCGCUCCACAGGGAUAUUUCUCCGUCACCGCCGAGCUCCCGGGAAGAUCCGUCUGCCUCGUGGAGUGGCCGGAGCCCGGAGGAGCCGUGUCCGGAAAAACGUACCACUUUUCCAUGACGGUGCUGCUGUACCUGCUGCCGCUGCUGGUGAUCGGCUGCGCCUACGGCGCCGUCGGCCGCACGCUCUGGGCCAGCGCCAUCCCCGGAGACUCCUCCGACCGCUACCACGAGCAGGUGUCGGCCAAGAGGAAGGUGAGGAAUCCCGGGAAUUCCGGGAAUUCUGGGAUCCGAGGAUUCCCGGCCAAUCUCCACAAGAACAGUUCAGUUGAGAUGUUCCUGGUUGGGUUGGGAAGAUCACCAAGGUCAAGAAGUUUGGAAUAUCCAGAGGGGUUGAAGAUGGAGCAGAGUCCUGUGGACAUCUCCUCCAUGUCUGUGGCCAAACUGAGACACCGACCACGCGUUCCCGGUGGGAAUGGUCAUUCCAGAGGCCGUAACGGCCGCCGGACGCUGUCGCCCGUGACAGGUGGUGAAGAUGAUGAUCGUGGUGGUGUGCACCUUCGCGCUCUGCUGGUUGCCCUACCACGUGUACUUCACGCUGCAGUACCUGAGGCCCGAGUGGUACCUGAGAAGGUCCAUCCAGCAGCUCUACCUGGCCGUCAUGUGGUUGGCCAUGAGCUCCACCAUGUACAACCCCAUCAUCUACUGCUGCCUCAACGACAGAUUCCGGCUGGGAUUCAAGCACGCCUUCCGCUGGUGUCCGUGCGUCAGUGCCGGCGACUACGAGGGUCUGGAGCUGCGCUCGGCGCGGUUCCUGCACACGCACGGCUCCGUGUCCAAGCUCAGCCGCACCGACACCGCCACCGUGGCCUCGGCGCUGGGCGCGACCGACGAGGAACCGGACGAGCCGGGCCGUGCCGAGCGCCUUUCCCUGGAUGUCACCUCCAACGGUUCCUCCCGCAGCGAUUCCAAGACGGUCUCCGAGAGCUUCAGCUUCUACUCCAACACCCCCACCUAGGGGUGUCCCCUCGGCGUCACCGCGCCGGCGUUUCCCGCGCUGUUUUCCCGUCUCUCUUCCCUGGGAUCGGUUCCGUGUGUUCCGUUGCGGGGCCGGGCACCGGGAAUGUUUUGCUGCCUGGUUGGAGAUGGAGGAGAUGCAGGAAUGGGACAAAGCCGGGUUUUUCUCCGGGAUUCCGAUGCUGGCCGGUGUUUCCGUGCUCUCUGCGAGGCAGGAGAACCUCCAGAGGAUCUCCUGGUGUAUCCCACCCCAUGGAAGACAAUUCCCUCCUCCCAUCCUUCAUUUCCUUCUCCCUGUUGGAUAUCCGGGGGAUCUUGAAUCCCAAAAUGGCUUUUUCCAGCUCCAUGGGGAAUCAUCGGCCACGGCGCAGAUCCAGGAGUUCCUGCACGGCCUUGGAUCAUCUCUGGUGUCCACAUCUGCUGCUCCUGGUCUCCUGCUGUCGCUCCAAACCCGCUCAUCGGAGCGGAGAUUCCCAAGGGAUCACCUGAAGGGUCUCCCAAAUGACCUCCUGAAGUGUCUUCAGGGAUCUCCAAAGGA